UUUUGUUUUGAGUGAACUAACAAACUAUGUGCGAGUGAGAGAGAUUUACUCUCAUCUUAACUUCGUCAAGAAAAUUACUCUUUCCGUGCUAUUACACAAGUGCACACACACACACACACACACACACACACACUCACUCUUGAAACAUCAUCUCUAAUACUGUGCUGCCACCCUCUUGCCACAUCUGUCUGUCUCUCUCUCUCUCUCUCUCUCUCUCUCUCUCUCUCUCUCUCAUAUAAACACAGAGAGGAUUUGAUUCCUUCUGUAUGGACAGAGUCUUUGUAAGGACUCCCCUGCUGUAACCUCCCUCUCUCUCUCUCUCUCUCUCUCUCUCUCUCUCUCUCUCUCAACCUGCACAGACACUUCUGAAAGUUUCCCAUCACAGAGUUGGUGGGUUUAUAACAGAGCGGAGUCCACCACAGACACUCUCUCAUUCCUAUCACACACUGUUCGCCUCUGGAUUCCUCCACAGCUCAUGUUGUUUGGUCUGGAGGUCAGAAACCGGAUAAGAGAUCUGAAACAGUGUUUGAAGGACACCUUCACCUGGGCCGACCACAGCGCUUAUUUGCUUAUUUGUUUGUUUGUUUGUUUGAUCACAGCCUGGAAACUUUGAGGACUCUCUCACUCUGUCUCGCAAGGACAGCAGAUUUGGAGACACAGGCAUCAUUGUGUUCAGAAUCGAGAGGAUGGGGAUGUUGUGUUCUGGACGGGUUCUGCAGCAGUGGUUCUUCACUCUGUUUUUACUGUGUUCUCCUGUACCGCACCACGGCCGGCCCGUCGAUGCCCUCAGCAGCCGAAUGAAGCGCUCAGUGACGCAUGCGCAGCUGAUGCACGAUAAGGGACGGACGCUGCAGGAAUUAAAGAGGCGCAUGUGGCUGCAGGAACUCUUGCAUGAAGUGCACACAGCAGAGAUCCGUGAGGCGCAGCAGCAAGCCACCAUUGGCAGCAGCGGAGGUGGAGGGGGCGGUCUCACCGUCGCCGUGCCGAUGGGCAUAGGCAUGGGGGUCGCCAUGGGAACGGGCAACGUCAAUCCGAAACCCGCAGGUGGCACAAAGAAUCUGCCAAUCAACUUUCGGCUUGAAGACGAGGAGGGUACGAACCUCCCACAGGAAACCAACAAGUCCCAAACAUACAAAGAGAGUACGCUGAAGGCCAUCGGCAAACGGAAGAAGAAAGGCCGCACGGGGAAGAGGAGGGAGGGGGAGAAGAGGAAGAGGAGGGCUCGCUCGCUGGUCCGAUCGCCGCUAGAAGAGUUCGGGAGCGGCUUCCAUCUGGAGUGGCGGUCGUACUUGGGUCAGCAGGUGGCGCUGCACUAAGACACUGUCAGUCUCUGACAACGAUCCGUGAGGACAUUUCAAAUGGACAUUUAAAUGCUCAUGAGGAAAAUAUUUAUUGUCUGUAAAUAUUCUUAAUGCACCCGAACAGUGACAAUGACCAAUAAAGAUAACUGCUAAAGCAUUAUAACAGCUCCUCGGAGCCACAGAUUCGGAUCCUUGUGAAUACUUUGCUUUAUUUCUUUUUCAUUUUCCUUUUUAUUGGUUUUCAUUAGGACUAUGCCUCUAUUACCGUGUCAGAAUUCCUGUAAUUUAUUUUGUUUGAAUGGUGUAUUUAUUUUGUAAAGUUAUCAAGGUGCUGCUGACCUUCUAUAUUUUUGUACUAUAAUGCACUUUAGAUAUAUAAAUAUAGAAAUAUAAACAGGUAAUGGACGUAUUUUGUGGUUUAUUGAAUGAAGAAGAUUACAGCCCUGCCGUCUUGUGUUCACCUGCUUCUCUGUUUUUUAUUGUAUGUUCGACAGCUUUGUCAUCCAUGUUUCUGUAUGUCGAUGGCUCUGUUCCAAAAUCUAGUGAGCUGCCUACCUAGACAAUAUUAUGGCGUCAUUGUAGGCAUCAAGGUACUUCUAACGCAGUACCUCAAAUAUCAUUUAUAGAUAACGCAAAUCAUUCAAGAUGGCAGUCGAGAUGAGAGAAAUGUCACGUAUAUUUCCUUUAAUAAAUGCGGAUUAUAAACUGUAUUGUUAUGCUUAUUAGCCGAUUGUUAGCUUAGCAAUAUGCUUAUGUCAAACUUGCAAUUACUCAUCACGAGUUGCUGCCUAUGUAGGGCACUCCCUUACGAGGUUCAAUGCAAGGCAGCUCACUAAAGUUUAGAACAGAGCUUUUGUGUUCGUUAUCAUUUUUGGUUUCUUUACUGCUGUCCUGGACGUGCCUCACGUCAACCACUCCGAUUACAGCCUGUUCUCAACUGCGCAUCAAAACCACAGAGUGACCUGUACACGACCAGCACACGUUAUAGAAUAACUCUUGUUGUUUUGCACUGAGAGAAAAACCCUGUACUGAAUGAAUUAAACAUCUGACCGUC